GUGGUUGUCGACGGGAAUCGUUGCCCUGCUAUGGUAGACAGGGUUCAGCUCACUCAGUCCAAGAUGACCCUGCCUCUGUGAGGUUACACUCCAGUCUGGGAUUAUAGCAGCUAAGACCAGCCAGAGAGUUUGCCCCUAACUAGGAAUCCCUAAGGGGGUUAAAAUGAAUCGCUGAUGGCAGUCAGGUACAGCAAUGGACUCCAGCCGGAUCUUCCCGACCCCUCCCAGCCUCCCCCUCCCCUGCUGCCCAAACCAGACAAGGCCAAUGCCCGGCUGCAGAAACUCAUCAAGAAGAGUGCCAAGAAGAAAGCCCGACCCUCCCAGACUCCCAUCCCCUUCCGCUCCUGUCUGUCCCCCGUACACGAAGCUUCGGACCUCGAGCACAGCGACACACACUCGACUCCUCCCCGGUCACCGGACUUCAGUUUCCCCAUUAGGCCUCUGUAUGAUCCACACCCCCGCUCUCCGUUCUCGUUCCCCCCCAGUGGUCCAUAUGGUAACAAUCCUUACGGCCAGACAGGGGUCUUUCCCCCCCUGGACUACACCGCUCCCAUGCAGACAUCAGAGAACCAGGUGGCGCCCCUCUUUGAGUGCUCGUCGUUUAUGUUUGACGAUGACGACACAGAAAGCAUGAUGCCACCCUCGCCUCCGCCUCCCCCCCCCCCCCACCCCCACCCGUACCUGAGUUCUCACAAGGCCCAGCAGUUCAUCUGUAUGACUUGUAUUCAUCUGUAG